UACGAACGUAAAGUUUGUGGUGCAACAUGGGGGGUCGCGCGCGGUGUCACUAAAACUGGGUAGCCAUCGGAUUAAAACGGGUGGUUAACUGGUCGUUAUUAGCAUUGUCAUCGAGAAUAGUGAUGUUCUGGAAUGUAUAUAUAUCUAUAGCCUAGUGUGAAAUUGCGUUUAAAGAAACGAUGUGAUGACCUCAAUAACAUCUCCAAUGAAAGCCUGGCUGGUCUGUGACAGAGCCUGAAGAGGACUCCAAGAACAGAUGUUGUUCAGCUGACACCUGUUCUGGCACACUGCUCAUCACUGCUCAUCACGCCAACACUUUCUCUGCAAGAUAGACAUCAUCUGACAUGAUCAAGGCUUAAAAUACGGAUGGUGCGAUGGUCCGUGGACGGAUUAAUAACAGCGAGACUGAGUUCGCUGCAUGGACCAGGUGUAGGUGUAGUCCAUGCUAACCAUGGGCAGUGAGCCCCCACAGGCCAUUGCUCGGCUGUUUGCCUGGGUCAACGGGAUCUCCAAGUGUGAGCUGAUUGAGCUGAAAGAUCUCAGCCUAAAUGAUCGCAUUGAGCUGGCACCGGAACCACCAGCCGCUCCGUCCCCAGCAGCACCCCUGACUCCCAGGCAGGUGAGAGAUUCCCAGAGGUCCAGCCAGGUGGUCCAGCUGGUGGAGGACAGUGUGAGAGUUGAGGGGCCCUCGUUGUUCACAGGGCAGGGUGGGAAGGGACAUGACUUCCAGCCUUGCAGCUACACCCAGAUCACAUGGUGCGACCUGUGUGGAGAAUUCAUCUAGGGCCUUUACAAACAGAGCCUGAGCUGUGCGAAACCGAGACGGAUCAUACACUGGCUUCAUCAGGGUCCUUUUUAAGCUGACUCGUCCCGUGUCACUCCCACCCCCUUGGAAGGCAUCUUCACCACAGGAAUCGGGGCAGCUGGAUGGGGGAAUGAAGUGCCGGACCUCUUUCUACCUCCCCAAAGAUACAGCCAAACACCUGCACAUAGGCUCCCGGACACAGGUACGAGAGGUCAUAGAGGCCCUGCUCAACAAGUUCACUGUGGUGGACAACCCGGCCAAGUUCGCCCUGUUUGAGCGAAGUGAACGUCAAAACCAGAUAUACCUCCGUAAGCUGUCUGACGAGCGGCCGCUCCACCUGCGUCUGUGUGCUGGACCUAGUGAGAUAGUCCUCAGUCUGGUGUUGAAUGAGACUGGGGAGGUCAAUAUUCGAGCUAGCUACUGUCUUCUACUUGAUUAACAACGUCCCUGUCUCGAACUGUCAACACCUUCAUCGAGCACCAACUAGCUACAUCUCCUGGGUGCAGUCUGGCCAAGAAAAUAAUGUCCUACAGUUGAAGAUGGGAGGUAGUGGCUCCAAAACCAAGGGUUAUUGGCCUUUUGCUGGUUCAGGCAGUGUUGAUGGUGAUCCAACCAAAGAGGGAGUCGACGAACAGUCGCUGGCGAGGCUCCGAAGUUUCCAAAGGGCGACGCCCUUCGUGUUUACCAGACAAAGCUCCCUGUACUUCGACGAGGAUGGAGACCUGGCCCACGAGUUCUAUGAGGAGACGGUUGUGACGAAGAAUGGCCGCAAGAGGGCCAAACUGAAGAAGAUCCAGAAAAACCUCAUACCUCAGGGAACCAUAAAGCUGGAGCACCCCUGCAUCCAUGUGGAUUUCCCUGUCGUUCUCUGUGAGGUUUGAUGAAGCCUGGAGCCACGUUUUGAGACCAGACUCAGACUAGCCAAUGUGUCAACUCCGUCCCCCUGUUUCCCUCUCCACCUAUACUUAACCCUGAAGCCCUCUAAACCACCGUGGUCUCCCUGUGAUGAUGUUUGGCCGGAGCCCUGACCUGUGAUGAUAGACAGGCUGUCUAAACACAUGAUUGUGUUGAGCCCCUGCAUGUGGACUCUGUAAAGUGUGGCCUGUGUGCAGUCACGUUACACAAAGUAGUACCUGGCCACUUACGGAGACCGUCGAUGAUCUGUGAAACACGUCAGUUAAGAUGGCUGAAGACAUAAUUAUUGCUCACGUUACCCUCAACCUGUUCAAUAUAUACAGUAUGUGUGUUAGUGGAUAUGGAAUGAAGUGUGACAACAGCUUGUCUGCCUGUCUCACAGCAGCAGUGUGCUCUGGUAGGAGGAUCCAUUGUACGUUGUAAGAAGAAUGUAAUGGGACAAUAUGAGUUGAACCAUGGGCUGUUAAGUAGAGUCUCUCAAAAUAGGCCGGCAAUCCUAUAUCUUUAAACCCUGCCCUAGAGAGUUAAUUUACCAUCUGUACGCAUUAAGGGGUGAGAUUUUCCGAUACCUGUUCAGUCUUCAGAGCUUCCAGAGUAAUGAUAGGGCUUCAGCUAUUAGGGCCAUAUCCUGAGGUCAGAGAUAUAGAAAUAUUUAAUGCACAUUUUAUGUUUACAAGUAAAACAAAAAAACACCAUGGCUUGAUAUAAUUUCCACCAUGUGUGACGAUGGCUCUGCUUCUCAUUUCCCCAUGAUGGAGCUAAACAAUUGGUGGCCAAUGUGAUGUAAGCUUAUCUUAAUGUAACGUGUUGUAAUGUUUGACUGGCUGUGGUGAUCAUGGUGUCAAGACCAGGGCUUUAUGAAAUGUUUGAGUGACGGGCUGGGGUCUGAUCCUAGCUCUGCAAACCUACUGAAUUGCUUUUUUUUUGUCUCUUUUUUUUUAGCACUGGCCCAGGCUUCAGACACAUGUACAGAGAAGCACGAACUUUAGUCCCCCUGGGAAAGUCCUCUGUUCCUUCACUGCUUUAGCGUAAUACAUUUCACUGUUAAUUUAUUUGAACUGUUAUAAUGGCAUUAUUUUUAAUUACAACUCAAAAUGUAUCCAGUUGGGUCAUGGUCCCUUUGUCUUCUACAUACCAUUACACAAACUGAUGUCUCCCUCUUUCAACUGUGGGAUUUCUGUGUUCUCUUCUCCCCAUAUCUGUGUUAUGGAAUAGGUUACUUAGUUGAGACCGCUCACUACCACUUCCACACUCCAUUCCCCUGCCAGGGGGCAGCAGCAACCUUGUCCAGGUGUUGAGCCUGGUUGAUAAGCACAUCAGGUGCUGCCAAUUCAGUUGGUCAGUGUCCCAGCUUGAGAGCCAUGAGGCUGCUGGGUUGGUUUGGUGGCCAUAAAGCAUUUCGUUUUGAUGUUGUCUCUUUAGUUUAGGUAUGCUUGUUUGUAGUUUUUUAUACAUUUGUUUCCGUCACCAUCUAAACAUAAUAAUCCGCUUGGGCUCGCCAACCCAAAGGAGUCAAGUCAGAGCUGGACCUAAGGCAAGGUUGCUGUCUCCCUGGGCACAUGUGCACCCAACACGGUCCUCAAACACUGAUUUCUCAUACAAUGAACUAAAAUAAACCCAACAUGUAAAGUGUUGGUCCCAUGUUUCAUGAGUUUAAAUAAAAAAUCCCCAAAAAGUUC